AUCUCUCGUUCACGAGUAGUCGCUGAUGCCGAACGUUUCCGGGCAAAGGAAAAUGGCGAGGGCGCCAUAUUACCAUCCUCGCGCCCGCGCCCGACCCUACUAACCCUAUUAACCCUAACCCUAAUUCUCGCCCCUCGAUCCGAUCCCUCCGGCGCCAGGUCUCCUCCAGAUCCGCCAUUAGAGGGGGCGCUCUCGAUCGGAUCCUUUGUCGAUCUUCGCCAUAUCAAGCCCCAGAUCGAUCGCGAUCGAUCGAACCUUUCGUGGUCCCAUCGCGUCAGCCCUAACCCUAACCCUAAUCCGGAGAUCCGGGGGAGAGCGGAGGCGGCGGCGCAGCUGGACGACGAGCAGCUGGCGGAGCUCCGGGAGAUAUUCCGGUCGUUCGAUCGCAACAACGACGGGAGCUUGACGCAGCUGGAGCUGGGGUCCCUCCUCCGAUCGCUGGGGCUGAAGCCGAGCGCGGACCAGCUCGAGGGCCUGAUCCAGCGCGCGGACACGAACUCGAACGGGCUCGUGGAGUUCUCGGAGUUCGUGGCCCUCGUCGCGCCCGAGCUCGUCCCCGCGCGCUCGCCCUACACGGAGGAGCAGCUGCGGCGCCUCUUCCGCAUGUUCGACCGCGACGGCAACGGCUACAUCACCGCCGC